UACCUAUCAAUGGAAGAAUUCAAGGGAUACGCUGGCUACGAGCCUUUUGUACUUUCAGACAAAAAGACACAUCUGAAGCCAUUUUCUUACAAGCCACGGAUCUUGGAGGAUGAUGAGGUCGAGAUCUUGGUGUCUGCAUGUGGAAUCUGUGGUUCUGACGUCCACCAGCUGACCAAUGGAUGGAAGAGGGCUACUUAUCCAUUGAUGCCUGGUCAUGAAUUUGUGGGAAAAGUCACUGCAGUGGGAAAUUUAGUGAAGGAUCUUAGUAUUGGAAAUCGUGUAGGUGUUUCCCCAGUGUGUCGUAGCUGUGGUGAAUGCAGUGAGUGCAAAGCCAGCUAUGGACAGCUGUGCCCUAAUAAAGUAACUACCUACAAUGGUGUCUUUAAAGGAGCCCAGUCGUAUGGUGGAUAUGGCAAUAAGGUCCGAAUUCAAUCAAAAUGGGCGAUAAAGAUCCCAGAUAAUAUCGAAGACACAGAAUGUGCACCACUCUUGUGUGCAGGAAUAACAACAUAUCUCCCAUUUAAACAUCAGAACAUCAACAAAGACACCUCAGUUGGCAUUGUUGGUAUUGGAGGACUAGGUCAUUUAGCUAUUCAAUGGGCUAGGGCUAAGGAGUGUAAGCGUGUACUGGUGGUCUCAUCCUCCAAGUCUAAGGCAGAAGAAGCCAAAACUUUGGGUGCAACCGACUUUGCAACACUUGAAGACAUCAAGACUACUCCAUACUUGCAGAGUGUGGAUGUAUUAUUGGUGUGCGGAUCCGGAAAGUCUACUGAUUGGAAAGACUUGUUGGGAUUGAUUAAAAAUCACGGAAAACUGUUGCUGUUGGAUAUACCUGAUGAGCCUAUCCCUUUCCCUGCAGGAGCAUUUGUGUACAGACAUAUUAGUAUCGAAGGUAGUUUUGUUGGUAGUCACGAAGACAUUAGAGAAAUGUUGGAUUUUGCAAGCAAGAAAAAUGUCCGCCCUUGGGUUCAAAAGAUAGGAAAUUCUCUUGAAGAAGUCAACCAAGGCCUUCAAGAUCUUAUGAACGGAAAGGCCCAUUACCGUAUUGUCAUCUCUGGCGAAGGACGCCAAUAGUUCCACAGAUUAAAUAAUCGUUUUCUUAGAUUAUAUAAUACCUAUGAUAGAAGCAAGAAAAAUUUAGAAUUUUUCACAUACAAAAUUGGCUUUUGAAUGAAAAUCGAAUAUCUUUAUUUACUUUAAAAAUAAAAGUGUUGGAUAACAAUAA